AUGGCUGGCAACACAUCGCAAAUUCCGGCGGACGUGAAGGAGCGGAUCAAGUCGUCGUACGACGCCAUCGCAACCGAGUACAACGAAUGGACGGUUCCGCACUCGGCACAACGCAUGCAAUAUCUCGCAACCGUCCUUGAGAAGCUGCCUCUGUCCGAUCCUUCGCUGCAGCCUAAGAUCCUCGAGCUUGGCUGCGGUUGCGGCCUCCCCGUCACGAAAAAGCUCAUGUCAUACCCUGCAGCCACAGUCAUCGCCAAUGACCUGUCCAGUGCUCAGAUCGCAAUCGCGAGAAAGAACCUCCUCGACGGUCCAGAUGACGAGAACGCGAAGCGAUUGACCCUCAUCGAAGGCGACAUGUUCAGUCUAGCCUUUCCUGACGACUCGCUUGACCUCGUCCUCGGAUUCUACAGUAUCAUUCAUCUGCCGCGAGUUGAGCAGACUGCACUGCUCGAGAAGAUCGCACGAUGGCUGAAGCCGGAUGGCUACUUACUUGCUAACUUCUCAACGGUGGCCGCGGACGCUUCUAUCAACAAGGCAUGGAUCGAAGAUAAGGGGUGGAUGUUUUGGAGCGGAUGGGGUGUCGACGGAACUCUGGAAGCAAUCAAAACCGCAGGCUUGGAAGUCGUCUCAAGUGAGGUCGCGAAGGAUACAGUUGACGAUUCCUCGUUUCUUUGGGUCAUUGCGAAGCGGUGA